UUAAAGGCAAAAUGGUGGACGUCAAGAAAAAACAAGAUUCAUAGACGUUCUGCAGAAACAGAAACGUGACCAAAAUGCCUACUGGAGAGAUAGCACCGCAGCAGGCAAUGCAAGUUGUCUCUGGUGAUGCUGUCAAAGGCGAGAUUGCAACCCCCCCUAGCAUGUCACCCGUAAAUCCAGCCUAUGCCGAUAAGACAAACUAUUUCGGCAUUGAAGUCCUUGACAAACUGAUAUGGAAAGGAUGGGAUCAAGGAAAAGAGUACACCAAGAACUUGGUACUGAAGAACCUUGGAGUGAAAACAUUAAAACUGAAAUACAAAGUUCCUGAGAGCCGUUUCUUUUCAACAACCUAUCCCAAGCCAAUUUUUCUCAGUGCUGGCUCCAGUUUCACUUUGCCAAUCACUUUCAGACCACUGGAAAAAAUUCCAUAUGACGAUAGAGUUGCCUUUUCUUUGAAGGAUGGGGGAGAAUUUGAGGUUCCUCUCAGAGCUGUUUUGCCUCAAACUGACAUCAGCAUUCCCUUUGAUCUCGACUUCAAGAUGUGUGCAGUGAAAGACUCUUUCCCUAUUUCCUUUGAUGUUUACAACACUGGAGACUUGGACACAAUGGUUCAGUGGGAAGUGGUAGAGCCUUUUAUUGUGGAGCCCAUGGAGGCGGAGCUUAAGUAUCGCAGUAGCGUCAAGUUCAGGGCCACUUUCAGGCCAGAGUCCGCUAAAGUGUAUGAAGUCACCGCAGUGUGCAAGUUUGGCCCUGAGCUUAGCAUGACAAGACCCACCACAUUUUAUGGAAUUGGCAAGUUCCCUCAUCUCCUGGUGUCUCAGCCUGGUGGCAAAGCCCUGACAACCGGCAAUGAGAAACUGAGUGCCCUGGAGACUGAGGUCAACUUUGGAACAGUGCCUGUGGCCUCCACUACUGGCCAGUGUGUUGAUCUACACAAUCUGUCACAGGUUCGAACACCAUUCCGAGUGGAGCGGAUUGUGGGAAUGAGUCGCAUGGACACGGUGUUUCACUGUAGCCAAACACAAGGAAUUGUGCCUCCGAUGAGCCUCAUGAGAAUCCCACUGACCUACACACCCCACGCAGUGGGAACCACGAGCAUUGACUACUUCAGCAUCGUCUCUGUAGGGGACAUCAGCCGCAGCAUCAUCAAGUGUGUGGGCUCAUCUCUUGGUCCCAUGGUAGAGCUCAGCAGCUACUCUGUCAACUUCAUGCAACUGGACAUGGGCCGUACAGGAACCAGGACUAUUGACAUCAUCAAUAACUCCAAUCUGGAAGCUGUGUACCAGUUUGAGUUGGACUGUGAAGAGUCUGUGUUCAAGUUCCAGUACUUAAGUGGAGUGCUGAAACCCAAUUCUACCCAGACCCUCAUUCUGAACUUUGUGCCUCAGCACCCCAUCAACUACUUCCGACGUGUGGCUUGCUUAGUGCACAACCAGCCACCUCUGUACUUGGAUCUGCUGGGUACAUGCCACUCAGAGACAGUCAAGCCGGCCGUGUUGAAAUAUGAGCAUGUAUCUCGCUACCUGACCCAUGUGGAGAGGGGCUUAUCUGUCAUUGCACCUGAGCAACUGAAUGAACUGCUGAAUGCUGGCAGGCUGGAUGUGGAUAAGAACGGAUGCCUAGAGCCUGUCAAAGAUGAAGAUAAGGCUGGCCUUGCACCAAACCCGUCUCUGAGAGAGAUCCCAUCUGUGGAUGAAUACUUCAAUGAUGGGUUCCACUCUGAUGUUGUGAGUGUGGUUCCUCAUGUGAGCACAGAUGUGAAUGUUUUGGAUUUCGGUAAUAUCCAGACUCUGAAGCUUCCUGUUGAUAAGACUGUGAACGUCACAAAUCACACAAAGGGAAAAGUCACAGUCCAGUGGAUGGGAAAUUCAAACCGCAUCUUCUCUGUGAGUCCGGACACCCUAGACAUCCCACCACUCAAAGCCUGCUCCUUCAGAGUUACUUUCAGGCCUCACACACAUUCAUGCCGAACAACGAGACGUUCCUGCCUCGCACAGCCCUUGUGCCGCCCGUUGUCGUUUUCCCUGCCAUCAACACAGGAGAAGCUACCUAUCGCACCGUCGUCAUGGGCAACACCGGGGAGAUGCCUAUAACAUACGACCUGACAGAGAGCCUCAAAAACCAGCUCCCAGUGAAGUCUCGAUGUGGCACGAAAGAGUCUAAAAAAGAUACCUUUGCUGUCAAGCCAAGUCAGGGUAUUCUCAAGUCAGGCUACCAGAUCUUUACUAUCCGCAUGACCCCUAGUGUGGUGAAUGCCUUCCAGCAUGAUCUCAAACUGAGGCUCAACGAUAAUGAAAAGUAUGAUCAGCUCAUUCACCUGAGUGGAUCCGCUGAGUCAGCAGAAGUGUUGCUGGACAAUGAAGGCUCCAUGUACUUCAAGCCCACCUGUGUGGGCACUCAGUCCUCUAGGACGUAUGGCUUCAAGAAUGUCUCCCGCAUCCCUCUCAGAUUCCAGUGGCAGUUAGACUAUGAAGACCGUAAGGUGUUGAAGGUGGAACCAGACAAUGGAGUCAUUCAGCCAAAUCAAUCUCUUAUGCAAACUUGGUCCUUCAUCCCAGGAGAGGAGAGGAAGUAUGUGCUGAAACCUUGUCUGGUGGCCUGGGGCCAGGGGCUGAGUGCCACGUCAUCAGGAGGGAAGAAACGGAAAUUUUCUAUCCGGGUUGUCGGAGAAGGCUCAUUGGGAGACAUACAGACUGACCUCAGCUACUUGGACUUUGGAGACAUUGUGGUGGGCAGCUCCUCCUCUCGAAUCAUCACCCUGUUCAACAACAGUGGCUGCAGUCUCCACUUCCGUCUGAUCAUAGACGGAACCGAAGAUGGGGAUAAGGCGGGCUCUGGUCGAAGUGAAAGACCAGGCCUGGAGUUUGACAUCAUGGAGGGAGUCCUCCCGGCCAGAAGCAAGCAGUUGGUCACAGCUGUGGUCAGACCCAUGAAGCGUGUGGCUUACCAGUAUGCCAUCAGCUAUCAGCUGGUCACCCCACAUGGAGAAGUGGCCCACCCAGCAGUGGAGGAGCCCCAACAUCUGAUGCACCUGCUGGCCACCGGCGUGUACCCGGUCAUGUCUGUCACCGACAUCCGUUCCCUGGGCAGUGCUGUGGGCAUCAGCAAAAAGGCCUUGUGGAACCUCUUCUCCAUUGACAACUUGAAUGCCUACCUGGAUUCAGAUCCUUCAUCUGAUGAGCUGAUGUACAACAUUGCUACGAGGCACAGUACGAGGAAACGGCCAAGUGUCAUGACUCGAGCUAUUCUGGACUUCAACUUCUCAGCUGCUCCGUUGGGUUCAGAGGCUUGUACUGUGAGCAUUUCCUUUGACAACAACGGCACUGUGCCAUGUGAAUGGGCCUUCAUGUUUCCUCGGGACAUUCAGAUGGAGUUGGGCUAUUGGACAGAAUCUGGCGACUGUGACCAGGAUGAAUUACAUGAUAUGAAAGUCAUGGACAACAAGCUGUUCUCCGUGACCCCAAAGAAAGGCACCCUGAGGCCUGGGGAGCAAAUCACGGUGACCUUCAGCUACCAGCACACCAUGGCCGGCACCGACAGACUCCCUGUGCUGCUCAAACUGGCCAAGGGAAGGGAAAUAAUGCUGAACUUUGUUGGUGUGACAGUGCAGCCGGAGAAGCCCUACAUCCACUUCCCGUCCAACAAACACACGUUCAAUCCAGUGCCGGUUGGGGAGAAGAUCAGUCCUAAACAGGUGUAUGAGCUGUACAAUGGAGGAGCUGUCCCAGUCAACUAUGAAUGUGACCUCACACCCCUGGAUAUCAUCAGACAAGAAAACUUUGACCAGCCAAUCUUUGAGUGUUUGAACCCGUGUGGAGAGAUUCCCCCAGGCAGAGCUGUGGCCAUUGAAUGGAGGUUCUUCCCUCUGGAGGCCAAAACAUACAUGGUUGACAUUCCAAUCAAAGUUCACAACGGGGACACAGCUAUUGUGACCUUCACAGGGAUCGGCUAUGACAAGAGGAUCAUGGGAGACACGAUGCCCUUCUCUGACCAGCCGGACAUGUGUGGAGUUCCGAGUGUGCAGAGUGCAGAAAUACCUGGACAGCUUGGGUAUCUGUCUAUGGAGAGGAUAUCCUUUGGUAACAUGCCCCUGUUCAGCCAAGCGAGACGGAUGGUGUUCAUCACUAACAAGUCCAAGGAGAGGUCAAUCUUCUUUGAGUGGCAUGUCACGUCACAGACUGACACACAGUUCCUCAACAUCUACCCCAUGCAUGGUGAGAUUGCUCCAAAUGAGUACAAGAUGUGCCGUGUGACCUUCCUCGCUAGUGGAGUCCCGUCUUUCUACGAUCUGGACCUGGUGUGUGAGGUGGCUGACCUCCACAAGCACACAGAGUACAGGAAACAGCUGGCAUUGUGGGAGAAGGAGAGAGACCGGCAGCUCAACGAGUUUGUCAUCACCGAGCAUGACCUACACGCUGACAUGCGCACCCCUCAUGUGGUGGAUAUUGUGGAUGGCCCUCCUUCUGGUCGUCUUUCCAAACUGGAUGCUCUUGCUGAAGGCAGGCCAGUCUCUGCUGAUGGAGAACUGAGCAAAUACAAGACCCUACCUCCCAUAAGGCAGCUGACAGCCGAUGAGAAGCGAGAGGUGGAGCGAAGACGGCAGAAGAAAAUGUCCCAGCUGUGGCAGAAGCCAGAGCCUCAGAAACCGUUCUUGCUGCACCUUGGCAUCACAGCAAGGACACACGACACCAGGCACUUCCAGACUAACUUCCCUGAGGAGUAUUGCCACUUCUACGUUGACCGCACGCUGAGUGACCGCCAGUCCAACAAGAACCAGCCCGAGAUGUCCGCAGCCCCGACCCACAUUGACUGCUCUGUGGCCGAGUCCAACAUUGUGGCCAGUGUCCUCGGGAACUGUCUCAGAGGCCUCCUGGACGACACGUACUUCAUCCAGGCAGUGAAGAAGGUCAUGCAGGAGCCAGUGCCGUACUUCCGCCAGUUUGCCACCCCGCGACCGACGUCAGCCCCGCUGUCAAGCACCCCGAGAGACGAACAAGCGGAGAGUGUUGGAGAGCUGGAGCUGACCAAGGACGGAGACGCUGCUGAGGACAAGAAGUCUUCACUCAGUAGAGAAGUCUCGCAAGUUAUUGAGGGUGAGAUAGAGAUGCAGUCGAGGCCAGUGACGGGCAAUGACAUCCAUUUUGACAUGGAGGGAGAUGAGACUUUGAUUUUGCCGGAUAGCGAAAGGAGCUUGUCCCUCCAUGAGUCUGCCUCCCUGCCAGCCACUCCUACAGUCAUCCCCCGGACGGAGGAGGAGAGGAAGAGAUUCACUCAGGAGGCCCUGCUGCUGAAGGAGAAACAGACUCUGAAAAAACUUCCAGAGUUUGGCAACACCAUGGAGCAGGUCCUGGAGAACUCGAUCCUCAACCUGAUGUAUGAGGCUUUGUCCAGUGAGUACAGCGUGGUCAGCAAGCCCCGGUUCAUCGCGAUGCCACGGCGACGCGCCUCGGCAAACAGUCGCCAGAGUCAGCAGUGAUUGGUGGGACUGUUUCUGUAGCCUCUACAGCUAUGUAAAAUACACAUCAAGCUCUGAAUGUAUUAGAAUAGCAGCAUACAUGAUGAUGCAGUGAAGUAUUUUUUGUUGUUGCUGUCUUUUCUUUUCUCCCUGCCAUAAUUCAUUUUCUUAUUAAGCGAAAGGCCUUGAUUCUGUGAUAAGAUAUUAUUUUGUAUACCUGUAGGUUUGGAAUGGAAGUCUUUUGGCGACAAAAAAAAAAAUGUGAUGAAGCAUUCUCUGCUGAUUUGGAGCAAGUAUUCAGCUUGUUGGAUUAUAAAAAUUUCCACUGUCGUGUCAUAUUACCUCCUCUUUAAAUCUUAGACUUGAUCUACUAUAACUGAGCAUUUUGAUUCAGUUUUUUCUUAAAUUUUCUGUUCAUUUUGUACCCAAAUUGUCAAAAUAUACUAUCAUAAUGUUUAUGCGUUAGAUAUUGUUAUGAAAAUAACUGUCAUCAUAAUGAGGAGAUGAACAAGAUAAAGAAGGGAAACAGCAAUUAUUGCAAAAUGAUCGUUAUGUUGGGAUGCUUAAGGUCUUUAAAUACACCUCUGGAGACAUGCGUUGUGUUUAUGGUUAUGGCACUGUGCAUAUUUUUUUGAAGGAAGAGGUAUUCUCUAAACUGAAGAUGUAUGUUAGUGAAUGUAAGAAUGAUAUAUGGGGUGUAUGUGGGGCUAAGUGUUUAUGAAUAGCACUGGGUCACCUAUGAUCAACUAUAUACUUUGUCAUGUAGCAUGUUGAAAGACUGUGAUACAAAUGAACCUGUUACAUGGGACAGAUUUAUGUUUGUGCAUUUUUUUACCCUGUAGGGCCUAUUGUUAUAUUUUCUACUCUCGUAAUAUUUGUAAGUACUUCAUUUGAUUUUUAGCACUGUCAUAAUAUUAGUUUUAAAAAAAUGAUAUGUUUUCUUGGCUUUGAAAAAGAUACAGAUGUUAUUUGGGAAGAUGAAAAUCUGCUUUGGAGUUUUGCCAAUAUUGAGGAAUGAGAUUUUGUAUUAUGUGAGGAAUACCCAAAACUCAUGGCAGAGUACGACAAUCUAGGGUUGGAUUUUUGCUGUCACUGAAAUUACUCUUCUUACUCUUUUAUUGGCUAUUGUUUAUGAAUGUAAUGUUGCAUUUUGAUUGCUCUGCAGUAUGCAGUGCAAGCAGAAUCGUAUGUCAUAUUUUUUAAUUACUAGGAUCUGGAUAGGAUUGGGAAAGCAUUCUUGUGUGUGAAACAGCAUUUUACGUAUUUCUUCAAAUCUCUUUGACAAAUAUACUUGGUAAUUAAGCAAUGUUUUCUUCAGUGCCUUCUGUGUAGUAAUCAACCCAAAUGAAUGUUUUCAGAGGAAAGUCGAGAUACAGUUGACUGAUUCUUUAUCACAUCUUUACUCUAUAGAUUUGUAUGUAAAUGUUGUGUAAUGGUGAAUGCAAUCAUUCAGUAUUUUUCAAAGCUUUGACUGACUUGUAUGUAUAGUGUAUUUAUCUGGUAAUAGUCUCACUAUGUAUUGACUUGUUUAAAAAAGACUUUAAAAUCUCAAAAUAUUGUACAUUUCUUUGGAAAACCCUUAACAUUUUUAAACCAGCGAUAUUUCUAGAAAUAUACUUGUGGAAGAUGUGAGUCACAGACAAGAAGCAAAGUAUUGUUACAGUUAUUAAUUAAUGAAUAUCCAACGACUGAUCCGCUGGAAAUGUAUUGAAAACAAUGUGUGCCCUGCGAGUUUAUCAAUGCUGUUCUGCAUUAUGUAAUAAACUCUUCAAAAUUUGUCAAUGGCAAUGAA